AUGUUUCCAAAGACCGAGACUUUUCUAUCUAUCUUCUUUUCAGUUCCCUUUCUUUUAACCACAUUCUUUCUAUCUUUCUUUUCAGUUCCCUUUCUUUUAACCACAUUCUUUCUAUCUUUCUUUUCAGUUCUAUUUCUUUUCAGUUCUCUUUCUUUUCAGUUCUCUUUCUUUUCAGUCCUCUUCUCUUUCUUUCUAUCUUUCUUUUCAGUUCGCUUUAUUUUAACCACAUUCUUUCUAUCUUUCUUUUUAGAUCGCUCUCUUUCUAUCUUUCUUUUCAGUUGUCUUUUUUUUAACCACAUUCUUUCUAUCUUCUUUUCAGUUCUCUUUCUUUCUAUCUCUCUUUUCAAUUCUCUUUCUUUUAACCACAUUCUUUCUAUCUUUCUUUUCAGUUCUCUUUUAUUCUAUCUUUCUUUUCAGUUCUCGUUCUUUCUAUCUUUCUUUUCAGUUUUUUUCUUUUUAGUUCUCUUUCUUUCUAUCUUUCUUUUCAUUCUCUUUCUUUUAACCACAUUCUUUCUAUCUUUCUUUUCAGUUCUCUUUCUUUUAACCACAUUCUUUCUAUCUUUCUUUUUAGAUCGCUCUCUUUCUAUCUUUCUUUUCAGUUGUCUUUUUUUUAACCACAUUCUUUCUAUCUUCUUUUCAGUUCUCUUUCUUUCUAUCUCUCUUUUCAAUUCUCUUUCUUUUAACCACAUUCUUUCUAUCUUUCUUUUCAGUUCUCUUUUAUUCUAUCUUUCUUUUCAGUUCUCGUUCUUUCUAUCUUUCUUUUCAGUUUUUUUUUCUUUUUUAGUUCUCUUUCUUUCUAUCUUUCUUUUCAGUUCUCUUUCUUUUAACCACAUUCUUUCUAUCUUUCUUUUCAGUUCUUUUUCUUUUAACCACAUUCUUUCUAUCUUUCUUUUCAGUUCUCUUUCUUUUAACCACAUUCUUUCUAUCUUUCUUUUCAGUUCUCUUUCUUUUAACAACAUUCUUUCUCUCUUUCUUUCCAGUUCUCUUUCUUUUAACCACAUUCUUUCUAUCUUUCUUUUCAGUUCUCUUUCUUUUAACCACAUUCUUUCUAUCUUUCUUUUCAGUUCUCUUUCUUUUAACCACAUUCUUUCUCUCUUUCUUUCCAGUUCUCUUUCUUUUAACCACAUUCUUUCUCUCUUUCUUUCCAGUUCUCUUUCUUUUAACCACAUUCUUUCUCUCUUUCUUUCCAGUUCUCUUUCUUUUAACCACAUUCUUUCUAUCUUUCUUUUCAGUUCUCUUUCUUUUAACCACAUUCUUUCUAUCUUUCUUUUCAGUUCUCGUUCUUUUAACCACAUUCUUUCUAUCUUUCUUUUCAGUUCUCUUUCUUUUAACCACAUUCUUUCUCUCUUUCUUUCCAGUUCUCUUUCUCUCUAUCUUUCUUUUCAGUUCUCUUUCUAUCUUUCUUUUCAGUUCUCUUUCUUUCUAUCUUUCUUGUCAUUUUUCUUUCUUUUAACCACAUUCUGCUUGGGAAUAUCUGGUGCUGCACACUCUUUCUUUUCUUUCGUUUUUCUUUUAAGUCUUCUUUAUUCUAAGCUAGAUUCCUUUCUUUCAUUUAUGCUCUUUCUUUUAAGCACUUUCUUCUUUUCUUUCUUUCUUUUCAGCUCUCUUUCUUUUAAAUUGUCUUUCUUCCCUUCUUUCUAUCAAUGCCUUUCAGUGAGUAUGCAUGCUUUUCUCUCUAUUUCUCAUCUACUUUCCUCUCACCCUUUCACCCUCUUUAAUACUUCCCUUCUUUUUGCUGUCAACAUCUGUUAUCUUUCCGUCUUUUUCUUUAUACUCUGCUUCUUUCCAAUUUAUGUUUGCUUCUGUCUUUCUUUUCAUUUCUUUAUCUUCAUUCAACCUGUGUCCCCUAACCCACCCUUUACAUUUUUCUGA